GCUCAACGAUUCAACGAAAUCUUGCGGUUCCCCUUCUCCGCCACUCCCGCGCCCGCCGCCGCGCCAUCACUAAACCCUAGCCCCGCCCGCCGCCGCCCCGCAACAGCAGCAGCCACCCUCCUCCUUGCCGCAGCCAUGGGAAAGGUGCACGGAUCGCUGGCGCGCGCUGGGAAGGUGCGCGGGCAGACGCCCAAGGUGGCGAAGCAGGACAAGAAGAAGAAGCCCCGGGGCCGCGCCCACAAGCGCAUGCAGUACAACCGGCGCUUCGUCACCGCCGUCGUCGGCUUCGGCAAGAAGCGCGGGCCCAACUCCUCCGAGAAGUAGAUCGCCUGCAGGUUCACAUAACGGGAUUGAGAUUGUGAUGUUCUCUUAUGGGUUCAGGAUGAUGUAUGGAUGAGGAAAAGAAACUUGAGAUUGCAUUUUGGUUGAUGUUGAUGGAUGUUAUGUGCCUGCUUGAAUCCUCUCUACAUUAUUAUUUCCCGUAAUGUUAUUGUUACCCUGUGCAUUUCUCUCAAA